UGUUUGCAAAUUUGUUUUUGUAUUGACUUUUUUUAGUCCUGUCCUCCUGUGAGACGGGAGUUCGUGUAAAAACUAAAAGCUUUGCGUUGUUGUUGAUUGUUUUUUCUUAAUUAUUAUUAUAUAUUGAUUAGUAAUUCCUGCAUUGUGUAAAUUUGUAUCUUUUAGUAACAUGUUUCAAUCAUUCUAGUUUCUUGUUUUUCUGUAUUCAGUAUAAUCUACAUAAUCUACAGUAAUUAUUGAAGUGGAUCAAUAAAAAAAUGGAUUAUAAUACUAUUGAUGAUGACGAUGUUGAAAAGUUACGUCUAGCUGCGCUAAUGACGUUCAAAAAAAAAUCUAAUUUGCCUAUAAAUGCAAUAAGUAGUACAUCUGGAGAAUUUAAUAAGUUUGGAAAUGGUAAUUCGUUUAAUAAUCUUGCAAGAAGUAAUAACAGAGGACGCUGCUUUCCAGCACCAAAUAGAUUAUAUAAUAAACGCACAUACACUAAUGUUGGUUUUCGAAGACCAACUCAUGCAAACAACAAUUUGAUUGCAAUUAUACCAACAGAUAGUGAAGGUGAUGCCCUAAAUGAUUCCAUACCCAAGAAUUUCUCUAAAAAUACUAAUUCAAAACAUAAUAUGAAUACUUCAGAUUCCACCAAAUUGACAAAUUUUCAGGAUUUGAAUAAUGAAGUUUCUACAAAAUUUAGCAGAUUAGAAAAUGAAUCUGGUUCUGAAGAAAGUGAUGAUAGUGAAGCAGAAGAUGGAAAAGAAGAUUCAGAUGAUGGAGAUGUCUUAUUAUUAGGCGAAGAAGAUGAAGAUUUAGAUGAUCUUGAUAAAUUAAUGGAUAUUAUGGAGGCUGAAAUAGCUGGUGGAAAUGUUAAAUCAUCUAAAAAAGAAAAAAAAAGCUCAAAACAAAAAAAUAAAAAAGAUAAGGGUACAGUAAAAAAUAAGUUGGAUGCUAAAACUAAAAUAGAUGAAUCUCCUAUACCUUUAAAUCAACCCAAGAUUWUUGAAGAUUUCAAACCUCAAUUAAAUCCACCAGAAGAAGAAUUAGAAUCUAUUAAAACUUUAGAAGAAAUUAGAAACACUUCAUCACAAUCUAGCUUAUUAAAAUCGCGUGUACCCUUGAGAUCUCCAUCGCCACCACUUAGAAAAAGGUCGAUGUCUCCCUAUAGUAAACUUCAAAGAAGGUCACCAUUGUUAAGAUCACCACGAAGAAGAUCUCCCUCUAUUGACAGAUAUAGAUAUCCAUCUCCACGAUCAAGGCCCUAUCGUAGGUCUUUGUCACCUAGAAAAUCACCUAGACGCUUGUCACCACUAAGGGAAAAAAAUCUCUCCCCUAGACGAUAUUCGCCACUUAAAUCUCGCUAUCCCUAUCGUUCACCAUCUCCAAGAAGAAGGCGCAGAUCUAUAUCACGUGAUAUAUCACCUAGUAGAAGACGUUUAUCACCGUUAAGGAGAAGAAGUAGAUCUCCACUCAAAAUUAAAUCAAAAUCUAGAUCACCUAAGGUAAGACCACCUGUUAGAAGAAGAUCACCUAGUCCAUUAAAAAAACUUACAAGGUCAAGACCAUUAUCUCCUCCGAAUACUCGACGUAAGGAUAGUAAAAUUACAGAAGAUGAUCACUUAAGGAAAAAAGAAAAAGUUAAACUUGUAGAUAACCAAGUAGAAUUCAGGCCAAUAGAUCCUGUUUUAGAAGCAAGAAAAAGGAAAUUUGAAUCCAACAAGCCAAUUGAACCAACCAGUAAAAAAAUUGUGUUAAAAAAAACCAAUUCAGUUCCAGUAGCAAUUCAGACUGAAAAUGAAAAGAAUACACCAGAAUUAAAACCAAAAACUAAUCAUUUAACAAAGAAAGUGAAAAAAGUUGCACAUUCCUUCCAGAUUCCAAAAAAUAUAAGCUUUAAAAUGAAUAAUGAUAUGGAAGCUGUUCAUUUACGAAGAGUUGUAAAAGUAAAUACUCCUUCAGACAAAAUAUGUAAUAAGAAGCGACCCAGGAUCGUGUUUGGACAUGAGGAAAAAAAUGAAACAGCUGUUGAAGGAGAUGACAAUGCUGAUAAACUUGUUGAGAAUAUUUCUGAAUCAAAUACCACUGUUACAAAUAUGAUACAUUCUGAAGCAGUAGAAGUAUCUAGUGCAUCAGAAGAAGAAGUAUCAGAUGAAGAAGUAUCAGAGGAGGAAGUAUCUGAAGAAAAUGUAGAUGAAGAAAGUGAAAAAGAAGAUGGACAAAACUCCAGUGAUAGUUGCGAGGAAUAUAUUGAAGAAGAAGAAGAAGAAGAAGACGACGAAAUUGAAGAGCAUCACCAAAGAGUUGAUGAUAAAAAAGAAUCCUUACAUUGUAAUGAUACAGUUGAUCUUAGAACAGAACUAAAACGCAGAAGAGCACUUCGAUUAAAUAUGAUUCAAGUGGAAGUAAAGAAAAAACCUGAAUCAUUUUAUCCUGCACGGUUAUUACAGUCAGCUAUAAGAGGUGUUGUUGGUUCAAGCAGUACUAAUGAAGUUAAAAGAAAAAAACAUUCUAAAAUACCGGAAAUUAGCAUCAAAACAGAAGGUAACUCAGAUGGUCGAAGAGUAAUUGUAAUGAAUCGAGACAAAACAAGGACUGACAAUGUUCACGAAGAUUUUAAUGAUGCCAUAGAAUCGUAUGCAAGUGUCAAACGUCUAAAGGGUAAAUUAAAGAAAGGACCAGUGCAUUUGAGAACAACAGGAGUUAAUAAUGAUAAUACAAAUCAAAAAGGACUAAGGAAGAUCAUAAAGCGUAACAUUAAUGUUACAACUUUCGAUCAGAUGUAGGUAUCCAAAAGCAUUUUCUACUACAAAACAACACCAGCGGCAUUUUAUUAUUAUUAAAAAUUUACAUUUUCAACUUGGAUGACUAUCAACUUGUGACAACUUAAAAUAUCUUGUUAAAUUUUAAUGUUUACAUUAUUAUUAUUAUUAUGUGUACAACUUCCAUACAUAGCUUAUGUAUUUGUUUUUUUUGUUUGUAAUUAUUAGAUAUUAUAUAUCUUUGAUAAUUGUGUUUACCAAUUGUAAACUUAUAAAAUAUUUGAUAAAAAAAUAUCAAAUGUUAUUCAAUGUAAUAGAAAAUUAUU